UAAGAAAACGUAUGUUAUCGGCGCAAUGUAUGUUCCUCCUGACAUGGCAAAUAACACGUCGGUUAUUCAUACAAUCUGUUCAACUAUUGACGACGUAGCAUGUAAAGCUAAUGAAAUGUGUUUGUUAUUCGGGGACUUCAAUUUGUCAAACCUGAAUUGGAUACCCGAUGAAACAAAUCCAAUUAUGCUCCAAGUUGACUACGAAAGCUCGAGGAUCACGGACAACUGUCGCCUUCUUCUUGAUUGUAUGAAUAGCAACGGACUGUACCAGAUUAACAAAAUUCAUAAUGCGUCGAUUAACUACCUCGAUUUGAUCUUUGUAUGCGACGAUAUCCUGCAACAAUGCUCUCCACCGACAAUAACACCCUUCCCUAUAGUUGCUAUUGAUUGCUAUCAUCCGCCUAUAGAGCUGUGCCUGCCGAACGGCUUAGCCAAAGCAGAACAUCAUACAACAUCACAUCAAGAAUCAGGCAUGCUCGACUACAGUCGCACUAACUUUUCGAUUCUAAAUGAUCUACUGCAAUCUUCUGACUGGUCAUUCCUUGAUGGAAACCCGGACGUAAACCAUGCACUCGAUAUGUUCAAUCGGAAAUUUACGGAACAUUUAUCUGCCUGUUGCCCUAUAAAACGUCCACGACAGGGUCCACCGUGGGGUAAUGCUCAAUUACGCCGCUUAAAACGAAACAAAUCUUCCUGCUAUCGGUUUUAUCAAAACAGUGGAACACAACAAUCGAGAUUGCGGUUCAUCGCUGCACACAAUGUAUAUCGAAGCUAUAAUAGACAACUUCACUCUCGUUUUUUGAUCCGUAUACAGUUCAGCUUAAGAAGAAAACCGAAAAAAUUUUGGAGGUAUCUCGACACAAAACGGAAAAACAGCUCCCUGCCAGCUAUAGUUUCCUUUAAUGGAACAACUUCGUGUACCAAAGAGGAAACCUGCAAUUUAUUUGCUGAUCGUUUCAUGAGUUCGUUUGCCACUGAAGCUCCUGGCUUCUCAUUGGAUGCUGCUCUCAACAACGUGCCCUCCAACGCUGUCGAUGUUAAUGUGCGUGACAUAAACAUCUCCAGAGAUUCUGUGCUAAAGGCGCUCAAGCAGGUCAAACCAUCCUACAACCCUGGACCUGAUGGUAUUCCAACCGCAGUUCUGGCCAAAUGCAGCGAAGUUUUGGCCGGACCUCUGGCUCGUAUCUUCACACUCUCGCUCAAUCAGCGUAUGUUUCCAGCAGCAUGGAAAUCGUCCUACAUGUUUCCUGUGCAUAAAAAGGGGGAUAAGAGCUUAGUGGAAAACUACCGUGGCAUUACUACUUUGCCUGCAGGUGCUAAGGUUUUUGAAGUCGUCGUCCAGAACUCGCUCUUGAACUGUUGCCGCUCGCUGAUAUCAACACGCCAACACGGGUUCUUCCCUCGCCGCAGUGUGACCACCAAUUUGGUGGAGUUUGUAUCUCACUGCCAUGCUGCAUUCGCUUCGGGAGCCCAGAUGGAUAUCAUCUAUACCGACCUUAAGGCUGCCUUUGAUCGGGUGAAUCAUCGCUUGCUGUUGGCGAAGCUUGCUCGUCUUGGUUUCUCUACCCCUUUUGUGGAGUGGUUCGAAUCUUACCUCACCAAUCGUCGAUAUCGCGUCAAAGUUGAUUGUAUGACAUCUAGGGAAUUCGUGAGUUGUUCAGGCGUGCCACAGGGUAGUAACCUUGGACCCUUGCUGUUUUCUCUAUUUUUCAAUGACGUUACUACUGUAGUAAGGGAAUCUGAAUGUUUAUUGUAUGCGGACGAUCUUAGACUUUUUUUUCCUGUGAGGUGUUUUGGUGAUUGUCUUGUCCUGCAAGCAUCGAUCGACUCUUUUUCCGAGUGGUGUCUGAACAACGACCUACAAAUUUCUAUUGAUAAAUGUUUGUCCAUGUCGUUUCACCGUUCUAAUUGUCCAAUAGUGUUUAACUACUGCAUCUCCGGUACACAAUUACAACGACACAGUGCACUCGUGUAUUUUUGGGUGCACUACUUCAAGCGCUUGAUUGAAGGAAUUCCAACGAUGGGCCGUAGUGCACACUCCACACAACAACAGCGUUUGGAUAUCAAACGUUUGUCCGCUGCUGGGUACUCCCAGCGUAAAAUCGCGGAAAUACUUGACCGAUCCAAAACAUUCGUGUAUAACGCGCUGCAUAGCAUGGGCACGAAAAUACCAACGAGUCGGCCACGCAAGACAUCCGCUAGGGAUGAUGCUCGGAUGACGCGAUUGUGCAAGGCUGAUCCUUUCAAGUCGACCAGGGCAAUUAGGGACGAGCUGCAACUUUCCGUAAGUGAUCGGACAGUGCAGCGUCGCCUAUUUGAAAACAACCUGGUCGGCCGGAAUCCCCGCAAAGUUCCGUUGCUUCGACGGUGCCACGUUCAAGCCCGGUUGCAGUUUGCUCGAGAGCACUACGACUGGGCAGGUGAAAACCUGAACAAGUGGCGAAAUGUACUGUGGUCGGACGAGUCCAAAGUGAACUUGACGACUACAGCAAAAGAACUGUGGGACGCACUGAAGAGCUACCACGAGCGAUACUCCCUUUCAAGCAAGAUCCAUGUCAUGCGCCAAAUGUUUGCUACCAAGAUGCCGGAAGGUGGAAACAUAGAUGAGCACUUGAAAGAGUUAUCAACGUUGCGGCUCCGACUGAUCGCAUUGGGUGAGGAAAUGAAGGAUCCUUCUUUUGUUGCUUUGAUGCUAUCCAGCCUGCCAAGAUCGUACGACGGUUUGAUCGUUGCGUUGGAAAGUAGGCCGGAUGCUGACCUUACAGUGGAUUUCGUAAAGGGAAAACUGCUCGACGAAGGACGACGUCGUGCGGAUGGUUCGGAUGAGGAGAAGGCGCUACUAUCUGGCAGUGACAGGAACAAACGUGAAAAGAACAAACGAAAGCAGUGUCACUAUUGUAAAAAGGAUGGACACAUCCGUAAAGAAUGUCGUAAAUUGAUGGCCGAUAAAAGAAACAACACAUCCACAACUAACCAAAACGCAAAUUGUGCAGUCAAUAGCGAAGACUUGUGUCUGUUUACCGGAAAACACCUGAUAAACGAUUGUGGUGUUUUGAUUCAGGAGCAACUGCCCACAUGA